AUGUCUAUCCGAUGCACAAAUGAAGAUGGAAAGAAAUUCCCAUUAAUGACAGCUGCGGUUACUUUUAAUGGAAUUUUAGUUGCAGCAUUUCAAGACAACAAUUCUUCAGCUUUAUGCAUUUACGAUAUGGCACGCAUUGAACAAUCUUCGGCAAAUGAAUUGAGCGAAAUUGAUGAAAUCCUUGGCGAAACACGAAUCAUAAAAAAAUUGGUUGAUACGAAGGCAUCUAUUACGGCUACACAGCAAAUAAUUGAAUCGAAACAAUCCAUCGUUCUUGAUUCACCUUCAAGGCUUGUUUGA